AUGGAGGCCAAUCCAAUUAAUGAUCGAAAAUUGAAGAUUGCAAGAAACACUAUUAAUAUUGUCAUUGUUGGGAAGGUUGGUCGUGGCAAGAGUGCAACUGGAAAUAGCAUUAUUGGAAGCAAAGUCUUCGAAACUGAGCGUGGCUACUGUUCCAGAGUAACUUGUUCUUCUGAUCUAGAAAUAAUUAUCUGUAAUGAUGGCCAUAUUAUUAAUGUUAUAGACACUCCAGGAUUCGAUUCAUUUACUAGUUUUGAGCUAAUAAGGGAGGAGAUAAUCAAAGGCAUUAAUUUAGCCAAGGAUGGUAUCCAUGUAGUACUCAUGGUAUUCUCCCUUAGAUAUUGCUUUUUAAUAGAAGAGGAGUCUGCCAUUGAGUGUAUGAAAUCACUUUUUGGGGAUAAGAUUGUUGACUACAUGAUUUUAGUUUUGACUAAUGGGGACUUCCUGGAAUCUAUGCAAAAAAGCUUGAAGGAACUUAUUAGCCUUUUCCCAGAACCUUUGAGGAACAUCAUUCAACUAUUCAAGAAUAGAGUAAUUGUUUUUGAUAAUACCACCAAGGAUAUGAUCAAGAGAGAGGAACAAGUAAAUGAGCUGCUCUCUCUUGUUGAGUCUGUUAUUGUGGACAAUGGUGAAAAACCAUAUUCAUAUAAGAUUUUUGCAGAACUCAAGGCUAAAGAGCGAGCUGCUCAGCUGGAGGCUGAAAGGCUUGGCUAA